CAUUCGUCACGAGGCAUAUUGAUUUUUCGCCUCCGCAUUGAUCAACGCGCGACUCACGGUGCGGCAGUAAUUUCCUAAGGGUUGGAUCAGUUUUUCAGCGAAGGUCUUGGAUUUCCGUACAUCAUGCACAGUUCAUUAUUUCAUAACAUUGCCCACGACAAUUACUCAUUGCUGUUGCAGUUUUCGCGCGAAAUUGGUGUUGGUGACCAAAUUCAAUGUAUUACAGCCCCAUUGUUGCUUGCGCGCGGUGUCGAAAUUGUUAACUGUCUUAUAAAAGGGAAACGCUCCUGAUUACGACCACGUUACAAGCGUUGGUGCAGUUAACGGUGGCACUUCUGAUUAACAAGUGCAAAAGUAAAUCAGUGGUACGCGGAGAGGAAUAGAAAAAAGUGUUCAGUGGCAGACGGCAGAGCUAAUGUGUGUUACCCCCGUAUGUUGUGGGUGAACUAUUGUUUUGCACACACGUUUGGCAACCAAGCUAAGUUUGCUAAAUCACAUAUAGCAGCCAGAGAAAGCUAGCACAUUCACAUAGCAAUCAGAACACAUCCUAAACGCAAGUAGCGUGUGCAAAAGCCACAGCCAGUUUGAUAUUUCCCGCAAGUGGUACCGUUAAGACACACGAAAAGCUAGAGGAAUAUUGCUCCUUUCAUUUUCAUUCAUUUCCCGAGGAGUGGAAAAAGGGUAAUUUUAGACUCAUUCAAUCGCAAACGUGCAUGUGCUCAUCGACGAAGUCAAAAAUCCCCGAUCACCUUUGUGGAAUCGAAAGUAGCUGCGGAAGCUUUUCCUGGUGGCAAACGUAACCUCGAUCGCCAUCAAUCAUGCCACGAAACCGGAAAAAACAGUCAGCCGCCGACACAUGGCAGCAGAAUAACGAUCAGUCUGACGACGACACGUGGAACGAUAAUGCUAGCACGUAUUCCUGUCAUUCGGAAACACAGAAUGGAGACGGAGGACACAGCGGUAGCCAGGACGGCGGUGACGACGGUAGCAGCGGAGGUAAUGGAUUCGAAAAGUACGAGGAGAAGCUGCUACAGGCAAUCGAGAACGCGUCGGACAAGUCGCUACAGACGCGUAUCAACGCGUUCCAGACGAUCAACGAGGUCCUGGUACACCAUUACAUCCCUGAAUUCAUCGAUGACCGCAAGGUGACGCUAAUGGACGCGGUGGAGAAGUCGCUGCGGCGCGGUAAAGGCGUCGAGCAGGCGUGGGCGGCACGCAUUAUACCACUGCUGGUGAUCCAGAUCGAGGCGCUCGAGGACAUCGGCACGCUUGUGAGGGUGCUGAAGCCGGUCCUACUUGCCACGGCGCAGGAUGGUGCGUCGGCGUACGAUGCGCGCGCCAAGUGUUGCGCUGCGCUCGGACUGCUAUGCUUCGUUGGCGUGGACGAUUUGGGUGAAGUGUUGCCGCUGAUGAAGACGCUACAGAGCAUCUUCACCGGCAGCUAUCUGAAAGGCGACAACAGCCCAAGCAACGCGAAUGCAGAAGCCGCCGCCCUGCACAGUGCUGCGUUGAGCGCGUGGGCCUUGCUGUUGACAUUGCUACCGCCAUCCGAAGUGGUGACAUUGGCCACAACCGGGACCGGCAUUAUACCUUCAGUGCACAAUCUGGUUGGAAUGCUACAGAGUCCGCACCUGGACGUGCGAAUGGUGGCCGGCGAAAUAAUCGCGCUUCUGUUCGAGCUUGGCCGCCACCACGACGACGAGUUCCUUGAUGACCAGCUGACGGAUGUGAUCGAGGCGACACAGAAGCUGGCCACCGAUGCGCACAAGUACCGAGCGAAACGGGACCGCAAGGUGCAGCGGGCUACCUUCCGCGACGUGCUGCAUUACCUCGAGGAAGAUGUCUCGCCGGAGAUCAGCAUCAAGUUCGGGCGCGAGACGCUAUUGCUGAACAGCUGGGCCAUUCACCACCAGUAUACCUGUCUGCGGAAUGCGCUCGGCUUCGGGAUGAACGUGCACCUGGGGGAGAACCUGUUCGUGCGUGAGGUGUUGCAACUGGGCGCCAAGAUUGACGAACCGGAGCGCCUGCGCAAGACAGUCAAGGCCGAGCAGCGAUUCCUCAACGCGGCGGCCUUUAAGGCGCGCACGAUUUCACGCAGCAAAAAUCGCGACAAGCGAUCGUUUGCCAUCAACUGAUUAUCUUUUGCUGCUGUCCUUUCGACGACUUAUCAAUAGGGAAAUAGCAGAGGGGCAUCGUCCAGGUUUUCCUUCUUCGGUAGCAGUAGCGUUGCUAGAUAGUUGUGUUUUCCCCGUGUUUGUUUUGCCUACCAUACGUUUUCCGCUUAUCUGCAACAAUUCAUGCCAAGUUAUUGCGCGAAAGAUUACGUAAAUUAGUUGUUAUUUUGUUGAUUCCUCGAAGCAAAUGCACAUCAUCCCGGGUACUCUUGCUGCAUCGGUAACAAUGUUAAGCCUCACUUAUUCAUACGCUAAAGUCUUCUACGACCGACAAUGUGUGACAUUCGUAUGGACGAAGAAAUGUGUGCUAGAUGCAAUAUCCAUACACCAAACACUGCAUUAAAGUGUAUCCUAGGAAACGCGUGAGCUUCCUUAAAAUCAUCGUUAGUUCAGAUUCGGUUGAAGCAAAUGAAAAAAAAAAUAAACGUUCUGUAAAUAAAACUACACAAUGCGCAGCAUUCUACACGAUCGUAAUUCAACCGAAGUUGUGUGUAAAACUAAAGCAUAAGAUUUAUAGGAAAACAUACGGCAGACGCGUAAAAACAUAAAAAUGUAUAAAAGAAUGCUUAAUGAAGCUUAUCUAACGGAAUUUGAAUUUGAGAUAAUUUAUUUUGAACCACUCUACGCACCUUGAUUUUGGACAACAUGUUUUCCUAAAAGAAAUGGUAUGUAAUCGGCUGUAUUACGCAACACGCCAGGAGAAUUCAGUUCGUU